AUGUUAUAGAAUCCACAGUAACCGCCUCGUUUCAGGAACCGUCAGGAAGCGAGCGUGAUGCAGGACCCGCAUGCACAGCCGGAGACAAACUAGCUGGGAUGUUAGUUUAUUGGCAAUCACUCCAGUAAACAACAGCAGGCAAGAAUCAGUCAGACAGGCAACGGUCAGCAACGGGCGAUCCAGAUUACAGGCAAAAGCACCGACAGGGAACAGGCGAAGACUGGUAAAUACGACAAACGAAACACGGUUUUAUUCGAGCAGGAGCUGAUGAUGAACCGCUGGACUGAGGUGAUAACACGCUACGAUCUGGCAGAGAACUGAGCAAAUACCACUACUACUGUGGCUUCUGAUUUGUGAUCACGGUGGAGAAGAAUGAUAGUGCUGCUGCUGUUGGGAGCCUUUGUUUCUGUGGGUCUCGCUGAUGUUGUAGAAGAGAAGUAUGGGGCGACAUGCAUCAUGGAUCUGCCCACAGACACUUACUCCAUUGAAUUUGAGAGUUUUAGGACCUGGCGACCAAAGGUCUUGUGGAAACGCGACGACCCUUCAUACUCUCAGGACAGCAGGCUGCAGGUGACACCUUCCUCUUUCACCAUUAGACAGGUGACACAGAGAGACAGUGGCCUCUAUGUGAUGAAAGACAAAUAUAAAAACGAGCUGAAGAGCAGGACACUGAAGGUGAAAGAAAAUAUGGAGACCUACGAAUUGGGUUCUGGUGAACAACUCAGGUUCUCCUUUGAUUUGGAGCCAAAUGUCUGCAACAUUUACUUCAUCCCAAAAACCAAGUCUGAAGACAGAGGCUUAAAGAUUGUAAUAGUCGAUCAAGGAAAGCUGCAGACGUAUUUGGAGAAGUUGAACUGUUCUGGGUUUGAGCUGCUGAGGCCGUGUGGGAUUUUAAUGAGGGACCCACAGAUGUCAUGCAAGGGAUACUUUGAGAUCAGAGACGGCCGCAGUGACAAGGUGUUAGAGGUGGAGCUGAGAAAGACUGUUACAGAAACACAUACAAAAGACCCUCUCUACACAGUCAUUGGUGUUUCUGUUGGGAUUGUUGCACUUAUCGGCUGCUGCUGCUGCUGCGUGAAGUGCUGCAAAUGCUUGGGAUCUUCUCAUGAGACCGUCUCUGAACCAGCUGUGGCUCCUCCGGAGUAUAGCUAUGAGCCUGCUGCACCAUGGCAGCCCAGUCAGCCUUGGCUGCCACCGUACCCAGUGCCUGCUUAUACUCACAGCAACCCGCUGGUACAGAACCCACCGGCCGUGAACGCUGCUUAUGCUGAGGUUCCAGCUCCAGCUUAUGAUGCGACUGUCCUCAGCCUCAGUGACAACGAACCGCGGUUCGAGCUGAAGGGGAUGCGCUUCCCCUUGACGCUUCCUCACAGUUCAGACUCAGCUUACCAAGAUGUUUAUACCUCAGACAAACUCAACUUCAAAUGAAAGCCUUUAUUCACAAGGGUCUAUCCUGAAGUAUGUAACUGUGACACUCAAUAUAUAAAUGGGAGAUGCCUGGUUAUUACAAAUAAUGUGCAUUUUUAUAGAACCUAUGUAAAAAGGUGCUUCCACUCAUUUCUCAUUUUUAUUAUGGGUGACACCAACCUAAGAGCCUGUCAAUGUGCUAAGCAGGGCAUUGGACUUGUACACAACGUCCACAGGGUCCGAUGUGGAUGUGAUGUACAGUCACAGUUUCAGUGAAUCCUUCCUUCCAUUCCUGCAGGGAAGAUACAAAACGUAGCCUCAUGAUUAAUGUAUGAAUGUGUGUAUUUGAGACAAGACAGGUCAACUUACAGUAGUCAUAACUACAUUAGACACAUGUCACACGUGCACGUGUGUUUUUAUUGGCGCUGAUUGUUAAAAAAUGAGAACCACUAUCUGCCUUAUGCAGCUUUCAACAGGAAGCGGCAUCACUGGAUCUUAUCACAUGUUCACUUGAAACACGUCUAAAGCUUUAAAAUUAUGCAAUAGACUUGUUGAUGUUGCCUAUUUUGCCUGAAUGCAUGUUAAUGUCUGUUACUGCACACACAUUUGUGGUUAUAUACAAAUAACUCUUCUCUUUGGGAGCCACACUUCGUAUUUGUAUGUUUUUUUAUAAAUCUAUGUUGUAUCAUGUGCAUUAAAGCUGUUAACACUACUGCGAGCAGCAGCUCAUCAGAAAAUAAAUUCCUCUG